CAUACCCAGGGACACUGCCAGUGCGUGCGUGGUGCAGGCUAGACUCAUGGCUUCGCCGCUGAGGUUCGACGGGCGUGUAGUCCUAGUCACGGGCGCCGGGGGAGGACUGGGCAGAGCUUAUGCCCUGGCUUUUGCAGAAAGAGGAGCGUUAGUUGUUGUGAAUGACUUAGGAGGAGACUUCAAGGGAGUUGGUAAAGGCUCCUCAGCCGCGGACAAAGUUGUGGAAGAGAUAAGGAGGAAAGGCGGGAAAGCAGUGGCCAAUUAUGAUUCGGUUGAAGCAGGAGAGAAGCUUGUGAAGACAGCCCUGGAUGCUUUCGGAAGAAUAGAUGUUGUGGUCAACAAUGCUGGAAUCCUGAGGGACCGUUCCUUCUCCAGGAUAAGUGAUGAAGACUGGGAUAUAAUUCAGAGAGUUCAUUUGCGGGGUUCCUUCCAAGUGACCCGGGCAGCGUGGGAUCAUAUGAAGAAACAGAAUUAUGGAAGGAUCCUUAUGACUUCCUCAGCUUCUGGGAUAUAUGGCAACUUUGGCCAGGCAAAUUACAGUGCUGCGAAGAUGGGCGUUCUGGGCCUCUGCAAUACCCUGGCAAUUGAAGGCAGGAAAAACAACAUUCACUGUAACACCAUUGCCCCCAAUGCUGGGUCACGGAUGACAGAGACUGUGCUGCCAAAAGAUAUUAUUGACGCCCUGAAGCCAGAGUAUGUGUCCCCUCUGGUACUUUGGCUUUGCCAUGAGAGCUGUGAGGAAAAUGGUGGUUUAUUUGAGGUCGGAGGAGGCUGGAUUGGAAAAUUGCGCUGGGAGCAGACCCUUGGAGCCAUUGUCAGACAGAGGAAUCAGCCCAUGACCCCAGAGGCAGUGAGGGCCAACUGGGAGAAGAUCUGUGACUUCAGCAAUGCCAGCAAGCCACAGACCAUUCAAGAAUCAACCGGUCGUGUAAUUGAAGUUUUACAUAAGGUAGAUUCGGAAGGAGUCUCACAAAAUCACACCAGUCAUGUGACAUCUACAGACACAUCAGGAUUUGCUGCUGCUGUUGGCUAUAAGCUUCCUUCAUUUUCCUCUUCGUAUACGGAACUGGAGAGCAUUAUGUAUGCCCUUGGAGUAGGUGCUUCAGUUAAGAAUCCGAAGGAUUUGAAGUUUGUGUAUGAAGGAAGUGCUGACUUCUCCUGUUUGCCCACCUUUGGAGUUAUUGUUGCUCAGAAGUCCAUGAUGAAUGGAGGGCUAGCAGAGAUUCCUGGACUGUCAAUCAACUUUGCAAAGGUUCUUCAUGGAGAGCAAUACUUGGAGUUGUAUAAACCACUUCCUCGAUCAGGAGAACUAAAAUGUGAAGCAGUUAUUGCUGACAUCCUGGAUAAAGGAUCUGGCAUAGUGAUUGUUAUGGACGUUUAUUCUUAUUCUGGGAAGGAACUUAUAUGCUAUAAUCAGUUCUCUGUCUUUGUUGUUGGCUCUGGGGGCUUUGGAGGAAAACGGACAUCAGAAAAACUCAAAGCAGCUGUAGCUGUACCAAAACGACCUCCUGAUGCUGUGCUGAGGGACAGCACGUCACUGAAUCAGGCUGCUUUGUACCGCCUCAGUGGAGACUGGAAUCCCUUACACAUUGACCCUAGCUUCGCUAGAAUUGCUGGUUUUGAGAAGCCCAUAUUACAUGGAUUAUGUACCUUUGGAUUUUCUGCAAGGCAUGUUUUACAGCAGUUUGCAGAUAAUGAUGUGUCAAGAUUCAAGGCGAUUAAGGUUCGUUUUGCCAAACCAGUGUAUCCAGGACAAACUCUACAAACUGAGAUGUGGAAGGAAGGAAACAGAAUUCAUUUUCAAACUAAGGUUCAAGAGACAGGAGACAUCGUCAUUUCAAAUGCAUAUGUGGAUCUUGUGCCUGCAUCUGGGGUUUCAGCUCAGAUGCCUUCUAAGGAUGGAGAGCUUCAGAGUACUCUCGUGUUUGGGGAAAUAGGCCGCCGCCUUAAGGAUGUUGGACGUGAGGUGGUAAAGAAAGUAAAUGCUGUAUUUGAAUGGCAUAUCACAAAAGGUGGAAAUAUUGCAGCCAAGUGGACCAUCGACCUGAAGAAUGGCUCUGGAGAAGUGUAUAAAGGCCCUGCCAAAGGCUCCGCUGAUACAACUAUCAUAAUUUCGGAUGAGGAUUUCAUGGAAGUGGUCCUGGGCAAGCUUGACCCGCAGAAGGCCUUCUUCAACGGCAGACUGAAGGCCAGAGGGAACAUCAUGCUGAGCCAGAAGCUUCAGAUGAUUCUUAAAGACUAUGCCAAGCUCUGAAAGGUCCACUGUGCUCUUAACAAAAAUGGAAUCAUUAAAUACUCUCUGCCCAAUUAUGCUCCAAUAUUCUGUGAAGUGAUCAACAGUAACAUGCAGCAGAAAUCGCUUAAUAUUUUCAGAUUUCAGGUAACUUUCGGAUUUUCAUUUUCUACUAAUUUUUCACAUAUUAUUUUUACAAGGAAUUGUAAUCUAGCUAGCAAGUGAAUUGUUCU